ACAGCAGAGAGAAAAAUGUGUCUAUUGUUAUUUUUUUUAUGCAGUUUUCUCCAAACUGUGUCAGGUUUUAAAAGCUAUAAUUGAGACCAGUUUUCUUGACUAGAACAGAACUAACAAAAAGAGCGGGAAUUAGAACAAAGGAAAUUUAGUCAUGUCGUUCAAACAUGGAGCCGUGGGUGGGGCUACCGUUCCUCAGCCUGUGAUUGGCCCUCGUUCAGCUUGCGAUGCUUCGAGUUGUCCAAUCACAUGCGAGCUUAUGGGUUUAGUUCCACAUGUCUUGGAAAAUUAGCAUAGGUUAGUCAAUAAAUGCCUCUGUCCGACAAGUUACAGUCAUUCCUUGGUUGGAGUGUAAGGUAGCGUAGUCAUGCCUGAACCAGCGAAGUCCGCGCCUAAGAAAGGCUCCAAGAAGGCCGUCACUAAGACCGCCGGGAAGGGCGGGAAGAAGCGUAAGAGGUCCAGGAAGGAGAGUUAUGCUAUCUACGUCUACAAAGUCCUGAAGCAGGUUCAUCCCGACACCGGUAUCUCUUCUAAGGCGAUGGGAAUCAUGAACUCGUUCGUCAACGACAUCUUCGAGCGCAUCGCCGGUGAAGCGUCUCGUCUGGCUCACUACAACAAGCGCUCCACCAUCACUUCACGGGAGAUCCAGACCGCCGUGCGUCUGCUGCUGCCCGGUGAGCUGGCCAAACACGCCGUGUCUGAGGGCACCAAGGCCGUCACCAAGUACACCAGCUCCAAGUAGAGCUCCGCUCAAACUCACAGACCCAAAGGCUCUUUUAAGAGCCGCCCAUCUAUUCGCUGAAAGAACAUCUGAUUGUUUGUAGUUGUUGUGACUUGGUUAUUGGAUUUGUUUUUGAUAAAUAACUGUUCAAGUUAUUUAGUCUGGACGAAAGCAGAGGAAGGUGAAAGGUUUUCAAAUGGAAACUGUUCUGCUUUAAGAGAGCAGUUAUACAUUUAUGUUGUGUCUGAUUUUGUUUUAUGAUAAUGAUUUAUUCAUGCGUUGGUAGUGUUUUAUUAGUCAAUCUUUAUUCAUUCUCUUUACCUUGUUUUGUGGUUUCAAGGGCUGUUGGUUUUCAUGAAUAAGAUAAGAGGGACUAUUUAUAAAAAUGCAAGGUUUAUGGGAGGUUGUUGUGAAGAUGUUUAGUAUAACUACUUAUUUAAUUUGUUCUGGUCAGAUGAAGUCUGAGCAUUGAUGCACACAACUAAGAUUAUUCAGUAAACUGCUCCUUUGACCGCAUCUUCUCUGGCUUUGCUCCGUCGACUCCUUGGCUGAUAGAAGACUGUUAGUGAGCGCCAGACAAGACUUGCUGUUAACAGGUUUUUGGUAUUACACAACUUUGCUGACAGACAAGCAGCCAAUGCUUUAUUUAUUUGUCUUAAUAAUACUUCAUAUUACUCUACUUGCUCAACUAAAAGCGACUUUCACAAUAAUGUCCCAUUAAUGCACUGACUAACAUUAAAAACAAUGAGCAAUACGUUUGAUACAGCAUUGGUCAAUCUUUGUUAAUGUUAACGAUAAAAACACACUGUUCAUUGUUAGUUCAACUCAGCUCAGCUCAGGUCCAUUAAAUUUGAUUAACAGAUGCAGCUUUUGAUUUUAAUAACGUAUUAGUGUAUAAGAUUAGGAAACGCAUUUGCUGUAUUUUUCAUUGUUAGUUCACGUUAAAUCAUGUGUUUAACU